AUGGUUGUGGCACAUACUGUAUGUCGAGCCAUACGCUCAUCCGUGGUACAAUCGGCUAUGUCCAGUACGGCUGCUACACCCGGUAUGAUGAGAUUUCGACCUUCGGUUUUGAAUAGCUCCGCGGCAAAAUUGAAUCGCUAUGGCGGCCGUCACAGCGUAACAGUUCUCCCAGGAGACGGUAUUGGUCCAGAAAUGCUUGAGCAUGUGGAGAAGAUUUUCGGCUUUGCUCAGGUACCCGUCGAUUUUGAAAAGGUGGAUUUGUCUUCGAAACCGGAAUCUGUUGAUGAUCUCAAUCAGGCAAUAACAGCAAUCAAAAGGAACGGUGUGGCUCUGAAGGGCAAUAUUGAAACGAAAUUCGAUGAUCCGCUAUUUAUAUCUCGCAACGUCGAAUUACGGCGGCAACUGGAUUUGUAUGCCAAUGUUCUGCACUGCUGUAGUAUUCCAUCCGUCCCAAGUAGGCACACUAACAUUGAUAUGAUCAUUAUUCGCGAAAACACAGAGGGAGAAUACUCUGGCCUCGAGCAUGAGACAACUCCUGGAAUAGUUGAAAGCCUUAAGAUUGUGACUAGAACAAAAAUCGAACGCAUUUCCCGUUUCGCGUUCCAAUAUGCGAAGAAGUAUGAUCGGAAAAAGGUGACCGCUGUUCAUAAGGCUAACAUCCAAAAGCUGGGAGACGGGCUGUUCUUGAAGGUUUGCAAGGAAAUUGCUGAUACUGAAUACCCUGAGAUUAAAUUUGAUUCCAUGAUUGUUGAUAAUGCAUCCAUGCAGUUGGUUUCUCGGCCUCAGCAAUUCGAUAUCAUGUUGAUGCCGAAUCUCUAUGGAAACAUUAUUUCCAACAUUGCUUGUGGUCUUGUUGGAGGUCCUGGAUUAGUGUCUGGGAUGAAUAUUGGAAAUGAGUAUGCUGUUUUUGAGACUGUGAGGAACCGAAACACUGGUACGUCUUUGGCCGGAAAGAAUGUCGCAAAUCCAACCGCCUUCAUUAGAGCGUCUGCUGACAUGCUCCGGUACCUCGGACUGAACCAUCAUGCCAACAUGAUUUCGGAUUCCCUGUACCGCACCCUUGUAGAGAAGCGAGUUCACACACCCGAUAUCGGUGGUGAUGCAAAGACAAGCGAUGUCGUGAAGUCUGUGUUGGAGUUCAUCGGAGAGGAGAUGGAAGAGCAUAAGUGGCGUGCUAAGUAA